AUGCCCUCGCUCGGGGACCUGGUGCGCGACUGGCACCGGGGCGCGCAGGCCGUGGAGCGCGGGGACUGGGACUGCGCCCUGCGCCUCUUUGCGGGCGUCCCGGAGCCGCCCGCCAAGAUGUGCUUCAACGUGGGCUGCGUGCACCUGCUGGCCGGGGACCCGGAGGCCGCGCUGCUGGCAUUUGACCAAGCAGUGACUAAGGACGCCUGCAUGGCUGUCGGCUUCUUCCAGCGAGGGGUGGCCAACUCCCAGCUGGAGCGGUUCCAGGAGGCCCUGUCCGACUUCCGGCUGGCCCUGGCACAGCUGAGGGGCAACAGUGCCAUCGACUAUACACAGCUGGGCCUGCGGUUCAAGCUACAAGCCUGGGAGGUACUGUACAAUGUGGCGUCAGCGCAGUGCCGGCUGGGGCUCUGGACAGAGGCUGCUAACAGCCUACUGGAGGCCAUCUCCACGUGUCCGGAGGGGGCUGGGGACGGCCUGCACGCUUCCCUGGACCAAGUACAGAAGCAGGGCUCCCUGCAGCCGCGGCAGGUCCCCAGGGGAGAGGUCUUCCGGCCACGCAGGCAGCACCUGGAGCACCUGGAGCCCAUGGAUUUCCUGGGCAAGGCCAAGAUAGUGGCCUCCACCAGCCCUGACGAUUGGCGCUCAGGCUCCCAGCCUGGGCAGCUGCAGGGGCCCUGUGUGGAGCAAGCUGGCAGGCAGGCUCCUCUGUCCCCAGGGCUGCUGGCAGUGGAGGCGCCUGGCCCUGGCGUUUCUGAGGAGCCCAUGGGAGCUGGGGGAGCAGCUGUGGGGGGCCCUGGGUCCUGUGUGGUUGUCACCGUGCAGUGCGCAUUCACUGUGGCCCUGAAGGCCCCAAGAGGAGCCGACCUCUCCAGCCUGCGGGCCCUGCUGGCCCAGGCCCUCCCUCACCAGGCGCAGCUUGGGCAGCUCAGUUACCGAGCCCCAGGUGACAGCGGGCCCUGGAUCCCCAUUCCCGGGGAAGAGUCGCUGCAGCGGAUGUGGCGGGAUGUGACUGCUGGCCCAAGGGGGCUGCAGCUCCAGUGCCAGGGGGCCGGGGGCCGGCCUGUGCUCUACCAGGUGGUGGCACAGCACAGCUACUCAGCCCAGGGGCCCGAGGACCUGGACUUCCAGCAGGGGGACACCGUGGAUGUCCUGUGUGAAGUGGAUGAGGCGUGGCUGGAGGGCCACCGUGAUGGCCGCAUCGGCAUCUUUCCUAAGUGCUUUGUGGUCCCAGCAGCGGGCACGUGUGAGGAGCCCCCGCUCACCCCCGGGCCGCAGCAGGGACAUCAGCCUGGGAAGUCCUGUGCAAAAAGGUUUUAAUAAAAACAAUACCCCGCCA